CUGGAAAGAGAAACAGGGAGAAGAGAGAAGGGUCGGGGAGGAGGGAUGGGGGUGGAAAAAGCGGGGAGGAGGAGGAGGGCAGGUGGUGGCAGGGUGGGGCUCCGUCUAUAAAGGGUGAAGCCCAGCUUACUGGCUCGGCAGGGGCCAGGAGAGCUCAGCAGACACCUCAGAAGGUCAGGCAGCGGCACCAGCUCCAGGGGCCCAGCAGGUGAGUCUAUCCCCGAGCAUGGCUGAAGGCGGCAGCAGGUUUCUUGAGCCUUGCGUGUCCCCGUCCUGGCUCACCUGGGCCUGGCAUGAGAUGGCAGUGCCCCAGUUCUUGCCUCUGUCCUCCUCAGGCUCUCAUCUACCCACUGCACUCCCCAGGUGGCUGCAGAAUCCCUCGAGGCGCCCAGGGAAAGGGACCGUCUGCACCAUGAACCCAUGGCUCCUGGCCUGCCUGGUGGCCUGCUUCAUUGGGGUCUGGGUCCCUGCUGUCCACGCCCAAGGCGCCUUUGAGGACUGCUGCCUGGCUUACCACCGCCAUGCCGGGCGGGCUAUUGUCCAACGUGCCCAGGGUUACCUGCGCCAGGAGGUGAGCGGGAGCUGCAACCUGCCUGCCGUGAUUUUCUUCUUCCCCCGGAGAAACAGGAAGGUAUGUGGGAACCCACAGGACAGGUGGGUGCAGAAUGGCAUGAAGCUCCUGGACGCCCGGAACAAGGCCCUCCCCAAGAUCCACAAGGGCCCCCUGAAAACCCGCAGAGUUUCUCACUCUGAGGUGAAGAAGUUGAGACCCGAAACCUCCAAGCUCCUGGUCUCCAAGCUUAGUGACCCCAGCAAAAGCAGCAAGAGGAACCCCUCCUUGCUGACAGCGACUAAUCUAGGCAAGGACCCUUGCCCGUGUGCCCCUCUCUGCACCUAUCACCUCUGCUGGGGGAUGAGGGCUUAUGUUCACCCCAGGCUGGGUGAGGAAUUCACCCGUAGGACCAAGGAGGCCUGGGCACUGGGGUCCUAAGUAUGGGCAUCCACCACCCUGACCCAGGUGCCCAACCAGGAGGGGCUUAGGAAAGGGCUGACAUGA